CGCAGAUAUAAACUCGCCCUCCCCUCGGCUUCAUCUCUUCCAGUUACCAUCACACCUGAACCCUUCUCCAAUCUCCUGGUUGCGUCACCUACUCAAUCCCCAUUUUAUACCAUAACCACCAUCACAACCACAACAAUGGCCAACGAACGCGUCACCUGGGUCGGUUUGGGCAACAUCGGCCGCGCCAUGAGCCGUAACAUCGUGAACAAAGGCCCCCAAACCAAUCCCAUCACACUGUACAACCGCACCGCGUCUAAAACCGAAGCCUUCGCCUCGACCCUGCCCCCCAACAAAGCCAGCGUGAGCACCUCCCUCACGGAAGCCGUCGCCGCAUCCAGCAUCGUCUUCAUCUGCGUUGGCGACGACCCCGCCCUCGACGCCAUCAUCACCUCCAUCCUCACCAUCCCGGACCUCACCUCCAAGAUCAUCGUCGACUGCUCCACCGUGCACCCGGACACCUCGCGCAAAACGCACUCGAUCCUCGCCGAGCGCGGCGCCUCCUUCAUCGCGUGCCCGGUGUUCGGCGCCCCCGCCGCCGCCGAUGCCGGCCAACUGAUCGUCGUCCCGGCCGGGCCCAGCGCCGCCAUCGACCGCAUCUCCCCGUUCCUCGACGGGGUCGUCUCCAAGGCCACGAUCCCCAUGCCCGACGAAGACGUCGGCCGGGCCACCACGCUCAAGAUCCUGGGUAACACAUUCAUCCUGAACACCGUGGAGACGGUAGCCGAGGGGCUCGUCACGGCGGAGAAAUCGGGUCUGGGCGUCGAGGUCUACCGGCAGUGGGUGCAUACGUUUUUCCCCGGCCCGUUCGCGGCCUAUGCGGAUCGGAUGAUCACGGGCGAUUAUCAUAAGAGGGAGGAGCCCCUGUUUGCGGUGGAUUUGGCUAGGAAGGAUCUGAGGCACGCGGCUAGUGUGGCUGGGGAGGUGGGGGUGAGGUUGAGGAGUGUCGAGGUUACGCAGGAGUAUUUGAAGAGGGUGAAGGAGGAGAGGGGCGAGAAGGGCGAUGUUGCGGCCGUUUAUGGGGCUAUUAGAAAGGAGUCUGGGCUGGAGUUUGAGAACUAGGGUUGUAUACUAAUUUAGAUGGGAUGGGAUGGGGGGAGUUGAUGUAUUAUGCUACAAUGUAGGGACAUGCUUAUCCAUAGUCUCUUGAAUAUC